ACCCGGCCCAAACCCAAAAUAAUUAUUACAGAAUUCUAGAAACGUCUAAGCACGCGAACAAUGGAUUAUCCACCAAGCAACUACUGCCACUUCAGAUCCCACGUCGAUUUUCUUUUUCUGUCUCUGCUUUGAAUUGGAACGCUGAUCGUGUGUGUAUGUUUAAUUGUAUCUAUUCAUCUGUUGUUGGAAGAAAAUUUUGAGCAGGCAAGGAUGGUGGCGACGAAUUUGAAAGCAGAGACAAUGAAGCUGAUGGAGAAGCGGAGCGGCCUUGAGGUGGAGAUGAACGUCAUCAUUCAGCGUCUGUGCCAGCCCGGCGGCCCUGGUCUCUCCGGAAACCUGCUUGAUUCUGAGGGUUUUCCAAGGGCUGAUAUUGACAUUCCUGCUGUUAGAGCCGACCGGAAUAGACUUGCUGAGCUUCGUAACGAUCACAAGGAUAUUACGGAGAAGAUAGAUGCAAACAUCCAAGUGUUGCAUUCUGCUACGCUCAAACCAACAACACCUCACAUUAUCAACUCAGGGACAAAUAAUCAAGAUUCAAACAUUAGCGUGUCUUCAUCUUUUGGUGAUUCUUUUACUGGAAGUUCGUCUAGCAGCAUGGAUGUGGAUUCCGUUGUUGGCAGACCCUUUGCAAUGAUUGAUGAAAUAACUGAGGCAUCACCAGCAGCAGAAGAUGGUUUACAGCUUGGGGAUCAAAUUGUGAAAUUUGGAAGUGUGGAAAUAGGUGAUAACUUGCUGCAAAGGCUGGCUGCUGAAGCACAAAAUAAUCAAGGCCAAGCAGUGCCCCUGGUGGUAUUGAGGCAAGGUUCGUGCAUUAACACGACAGUUACUCCUAGACCAUGGUCAGGUCGGGGACUGUUAGGGUGCCAUUUCCGAAUCUUGUCAUGAUGGUGAAUUAUGCCUGCUUCUGCUCAAGAUGGUUGUGCUGAACUUAGUUUAAUUUCGGGCAUCUUUGAAAUGAAUUGUUGUUGGUUUUGCUUGGAUAAUUAAUAUUGGAAGACUAUAUGUUAAUCAUACUGGCAAAUUCUGUUAGUGGCGAGACGAGGAUUAACUAUGACAAUAUGAUUCUUGCA